AUGUAAAUAAUAACAAAUUUCAGUUCGAGCAGAGUUCAGUGGUUCGAGCGCAAGGCUGGAUAGGUGCUGUGGGUAUUUUGCAAUGGUUUUGAUGUAUUUGAUGCCGAAACGGCUUCGGCUUGAAUUUCUACGCAUCGAGCGUUGAUUUCAAUUCGCAUCACGAUAAUGUCAUCGGCUAAGAUCUUUCGGGUCUGCUAAUCUCAAACUGAAACUGAACGUGCGAAUCUGAGCUCGGCGCUAGACUUUUAUUCACAUAGGGCGAUCUCUGCUGGCCCCACACGAUGACGCCCCGCCGAUGAAGCCGCCGCAGCCGCGUCCCGGCGAUGACGAGCCGGCGCCGCUGCCGCACGUGCGCGUCACGGCGACCACCGACUCGGCCGAGCUGCGCAGCCAGCUGGCCGUGCGUGACCUGACCGCGGUGCGGGCCGUCUCUGUGUCGGCGGAACCGGAGGCAGCUGCCGCGCUCAGCUGGACGCUGCAGCAGCUGCCGCGGCUGGAGCAGCUGCGGCUGCAGCGCGCGCCGCUGCCCGGCGGCCUGCGCGCCUUCGGCUCGGGGCUGUUCCAGUUGCGCGUGCUGUGGCUGGUGGGCUGCGCGCUGGAGACGCUGGACGGCGUGUGCGCGCUGCCGCGACUGCAGGAGCUCUAUGUGGCCAGGAACCGGCUCACCGAUGUCUCCAUCUGCAGCUGUUUGGACCAGCUACAGGUCCUGGAUGUGGAGGAUAACCAGGUGUCGGACCUGACGUCCUGUAUGUUCCUGCGCGCCUGCUCCGAGCUCCGCUCGCUGAAUCUGCUCGGAAACCCGGUGUGCGCGGAGAGUGAGCAGCUGCAGCAGCUGGGCGAGUGGCUGCCGCAGCUGCAGACGCUCAACGGCCAGCUGACGGCCGCCGGCGAGCGACUGCUGCGCCGGCUGCAGCGGUCGCCGCAGCAGCAGCUGCCGCCCGUGGUGGACACCGGCCUGAGGCGGGGCUCGGCCUCCCCGCCGGCACCGGCGGUGCCGUCUCUGGGAGCUCGGCGCAGGCAGUCCACGGACACUCAGUCGACGUCCAGCUCGCUGUCCCGACCCUCUACCGGCAGCGGAGCGAGCCUUCUCUCCAGCUCCCUGUCCAGACAGUCGAGUCCCAGCCUCCCGUCCAGUGGCGGACCCAGCCUGUCGUCCGGUGGCGGUCCCAGCCUGCCAGCUAACAGUGGACCCAGCCUGUCGUCUAACAGCGGACCCAGCCUGCCGUCCAGUGGUGGACCCAGUCUGUCGUCCGGUGGCGGUCCCAGCCUGCCGUCUAACAGCGGACCCAGCCUGCCGUCCAGCAGCUCCCUGUCACGCCCGUCCCCGAGCAGGGGCUCCAGCCUGCCGUCUCCGUCUCCGGCAUCGUCACCGCGCCGUCAGCCGGCGUCUCCUCCGUGCCCGUCGCCCCGUCUCCCCGCUAUCGGCGGCGGCGGCGCCCGUCGGCCGGCGGUCGGCCGCCCCACGGACACCGGAGCCGCCGGCGAGAGGCUGGAAGGGCGGCUCGGAGAAGUGAAGAUCAACACGUGGAUGGCCGAGGUGGGCGGCGGGAAGACGCCGCCGGACCGCCAGCUAGCCAGUGAGUGUAAAUAGAGCCGCGCGGGGCGGGGGAGGGGUCACUCGCCUCGGGCUUCCAAAUGGUCUGUUUUUGUGGGCGAGACCAAACAGUUUGGCGCCAGAGACUGUAUUGAACGUUAACAACGUGUACAGAGUGUAGUCGCUGGCGCGUUCCACUCACAAAAAUAUGCGGCUCUGUUGUGUUAAUAUAUACAGUGUUUCUGCACA